UUUGCGGGGAGUGCCUGCAGCCCUGCCUCCAAGUGCCGUCCCCGCUCUGCCCGCUGUGCCGCAUGCCUUUCGACCCCAAGAAGGUGGAGAAGGCUUCCAGUGUGGAGAAACAGCUUUCGUCCUACAAAGCUCCCUGCAGAGGCUGCAGCAAGAAGGUGACCCUCGCCAAAAUGCGCUCCCACGUCUCGUCCUGCGCGAAGGUGCAGGAGCAGAUGGCCAACUGCCCCAAAUUUGUUCCGGUUGUCCCCACGUCCCAGCCUAUCCCCAGCAAUAUCCCCAACCGCUCAACGUUCGUGUGCCCGUACUGCGGGGCCCGCAACCUGGACCAGCAGGAGCUGGUGAAGCACUGCAUGGAGAACCACCGCAACGACCCCAACAAAGUGGUGUGCCCAGUCUGCUCAGCCAUGCCCUGGGGGGAUCCCAGCUACAAGAGCGCAAACUUCCUCCAGCACCUCCUCCACAGGCACAAGUUCUCCUACGACACCUUUGUGGACUACAACAUCGACGAGGAGGCAGCGUUGCAGGCUGCCCUGGCGUUGUCGCUCUCCGAGAACUGAGGGUGACCGCGGAGCAUCGGUUUGGACCCCCCCAUUGCACCCCCAUCUCCUUUUGCACACUCGGCCUUCCUGCUGGGGAGGCGUGGAGCUCAUCAACCCCUCAGAAACUCGCUGCUGCUGCUGCCUCUCUGCCCUCUCCUCUCGGAGCAAAUCCCACC